UAGUUUUAGAGUCUAUUGUUUUAUUUUGAAGAUGUUUAGUAGUGAAAAACCCAAAAAAAAGACCACUUCMAUCUCUAAGAAGAAUAAACCAACAAAGGAAGUCAGGAAGACAACAGAGGAAAUGCCAAAAAGCCAAAGCAAAGGGAAAAACACCGAGAGAGGGGCUCCUUCCAGAGGGGCCCCUUCCAGGGGAGCCCCUUCCAGAGGAGCCCCUUCCACAGGAGCCCCUUCCACAGGAGCCCCUUCCAGAGGAGCCUCCAAAACUGCCAGGAGCAAGAAGGGAGGGCAGUUCCCUUUGGAUGAGGAUGAGAGUGAUCCUGGAACCAGGAGCACCAGAACAAGAUCUCAACUCCCAACUAGGGAUGAGAGUGAUUCUGAAACCAGGAGCACCAGAACAAGAUCCCAGCUCCCAACUAGGGAUGAGAGUGAUUCUGAAACCAGGAGCACCAGAACAAGAUCCCAGCUCCCUGUGAGGGAUGAGAGUGAUCCUGAAAUCAGAGGCACAAGAACAAGAUCCCAGCUCCCUGUGAGGGAUGAGAGUGAUCCUGAAAUCAGAGGCACAAGGACAAGAUCCCAGCUGCCUGUGAGGGAUGAGAGUGAUUCUGGGACCAGGAGCACCAGAACAAGAUCCCAGCUCCCUGCCAGGGGUGAGAGUGAUCAUGAAACCAGGAGCACCAGAAUGAAAUUCCAGCUCCCUGUGAGGGAUGAGAGUGAUCCUGGAACCAGGAGCACCAGAAUGAAAUCCCAACUGCCUGCCAGGGAUGAAAGUGAUCCUGAAAUCAGGAGCACCAGAACAAGAUCUCAACUGCCUGCAAGGGAUGAGAGUGAUCCUGAAACCAGGAGCACCAGAAUGAAAUCCCAGCCGCCUGCGAGGGGUGAGAGUGAUUCUGGAACCAGGAGCACCAGAACAAGAUCCCAACUCCCUCUGAGGGAUGAGAGUGAUCCUGAAAUCAGGAGCACCAGAAUGAAAUCUCAGCUGCCUGCGAGGGGGAGUUCCUUGAACACCAAAGUGCUGAACAAACCCAGCAGCAGAAUCCCAGGAGAAGCCAAGGAGAAGAGAGCAGCAGAUUUUGGGGACUGGAGCGUGCAUGAGCAGAACAAGAACUCCCUGAGGUCAGCCAGGCAGCCUCUCCCACGAAAGCCCCUCACCCAGGAAUCCUCAGACAAGGACGAGGGGGAGCAAUCCGGUGAGGAACCCCCACUGCUUAUCAGGAGGAAAUACAAAUCCAUUCUCAAACCUGUGUGUCACAGCUGGGAGCCACACUCUGACUCCCCAGCUUCCUGGGAUGAUGCAGACACUUUGUCCCGUGGCCAAAGGACAGGGAAACCCUCCCAGAAUAUGCGGCUGAGGCUGAAUGGGCUCGAGUCCAGUGAUGAGGCUGAGCCCCAUCCUGAAGGGACAGCACCUUCUGCUGAGCCUGGAGCUUCCCAUCUGCCUGCCCAGGGCAAAUCCAAGCCACCAAGGCACCUGCUCGAUUCUGACACUGAGCCUGAAACCGGCGAGGAGGAGCUUCACAGGAAUGCCAAAGUAUCCUGGAAAAAAAUAAAUGAUGGAGUCUCCAACAGCGCCAAGGCUGCGGCAGGAAAACCAAGAGACCGUGAGAGGGAAAAAGGGCAGAAAACUCUGGAACUGUUUUCAAGGACAGCUGAUGGCUGGUCUGAGAAGGAAUUACAGAAACUUCACAGGCAAGGGCUCGUUUUUUGUUAAGAGGGAAAAGUUUUCCUGGGGCACCAAUAGGGGUUGAAUGGU